AUGGACGUCUUCCAAGCGUACACUUACUCAACAGCCGGCUGGCUCGCACUGCAGAGCCUGCCUCUGGUCACGAGUCCCGGUAUGAUCGUGGCACUUCUGCUGGAUGAAACUCGACCCGCAUCAUCGGUUGAGGUCUACUUUGCUCGCUCUCUGGGGUUCAGCCUCCUCACUAUCGCUGUAUUGACCGCUAUGCUGACCGGCUCUAUUCCCCUGACCUCGUCAAUCUCUGAGCCGAUCACAACGGAAGAUGCGGACCCUAAAGCGCCGUACGCCAGCCCUACGUUGAUGGUCACUUUCCUGUUCCAUUCCGCAUCUGCAUUCUACACCUACACGAGAUAUGUGACUACUGGACAGGGACUUUAUCUGUUCGGUGUCCUAGUGAACUCUUCCAUUGCGGCCGUUGGCCUCUGGUGUCUGCUCUUCGCGACAAGUAAUGGCAAGAUCAGUCGCAAGACAGGUGCUGACAAGAGAGCUUCGGGAUUCCCGUUUGCCAACGCUGAGGCAUCCAAGAGAUUUGCGGGCAAGAAGUCCCGCUAA